AUGUAGGUUUGGGUCAUGAUAGAAGUAACAUUACUAACAACAUGCCCCAAAUUAAUUGAUCAAUUAACUAUUAUCUGUUUUUCAAUUAAAGCAAAUGAUAAACCAGAUUUUAUUACUGUGGAGACACAUGAUAAUGAAUAUUGGAUCAGUUGGAUGCCGGUGCGACCUGGAGUUUCUAAGAAUAUCAUCUGGUGUGUUGGUGAAAUACCAUUGGACAUGGUAUCGUGUAAGAAUAUUUCAUGGCUAACAACUAACGACAGUAUGUUCCACAUGUACCUCUAUGGUAAAUUUCGAAAUUCCUUAUCGGUAGCUGUGUCCUACAAUGGAAUUAAAGGUAGCAGUGGUCUCACUCAGAGUGAAUGUCUGGUGAACACAGGUAAAGUUGCCCAACGUGGAGGUAUGCCCAAGUUAGAUACCCCACUAAUAUUUUCUGCUAACCUGGAAGGUGAUGUUGGUCUUCAUGUUGUUCUACCUGAGGUAAAAUGUAGCAAUUUACUUGGUUUACCUGCAUACUUCCAAGUUGAUUACAGCCCUGGACACUACUGUACCAAUGGCAACAGGAAGAACAUAUCAAGAGAUGGAUUAAAGCCAAGUGUUAAAAGUGUAGUACUUGAUAAUCUGUUAUCCGACACAGAUUAUGCUAUAUGCUUCAGUAUUGUGACCUCAAAAUCCCAGACAGUAAAGAGUGACCCAUUUAUUGUGAGGACUGAAAAAGAUGUAUUUUUACCCAGAGUUGAAGGUCUGACAGCAGUAAAAGUGACUGACUCAAAAAUUAUGUUGCUAUGGAAACAUACAGACACAGAUAACAUAAUAACUCACUACCAAAUCAGUGUUAAGAGUGCAAAAAGCUCAACAGAACAAGUGAUGUUGGUUUCUGUCAUGGACAUGCCGAUUCAAUUCAGAAUAUUUGACUCUCUGACAAAGUCUGUUGGUUAUGACUUCACUGUGGUUCCCUGUAACAUGAUUGGUUGUAAUGGAAAGAAGGCACAUACCAAUUACACGUUGCAUCCAAAUGAAUCUAACUUGGAGCUUUUCCUCACCAUACUCACAGACCAACAACUUUUGGUGAAUUGGACACACAAUUUCCUGAGCAACCACAGUUUCUUUUAUCAUGUAGCCAUUGAAGGAAAAUAUUCAUAUUUUGUAAAUGCCACUCAACAGUUUUUGAUUGAUGUUCCAUGUUCACUGGACAACGAUCAAAAUGUUGUCUUACAAGUUUCCAUUCAACUUGUUGUGGAGACUGGAAUCUUUCUUCCAAAAGUACAGAAAAAUGUUACCAUGUGUUCAGAUACAGGAUUGAAAACUUUUAAAUUAUCAAAUGAAAAUGUGGCUUCUAGUUCAGGAGAUAGAUAGACAGACAAACAGAUAAACUGAUUUGUAGACACACAUUGUAGAUUGGGUUUAUUUUAUAAUAUACUAAUAUUUUUUAUAAUUCAAUUUUGAGAGAUAACUUUGCCUUUUCUUGUUCUGCUAUUUUUGAUAGCUAAAAUACACGGUGGGCUAGUGGAAAUUAAGUCUUUGAAUUUCUACAGUAAUAACUUAAUUUUGUCAUUUUAUACUUCUAACCAUCAAAAUUAUGUAUUUAAAAAAAAAAAUGAAAUUUAAUUUAAUUUUUGAGUUGCAUUAUUUUUGCGAAAGCUUAAGAUAAUAUAAAUAUCACCCAGCAGUAUUAAUCGACGUCAUCUGUAACUGGCUUCAGUCAUUAGACAGUGGCCAUGCUGGGGCACUGCCUUGAAGUGUUCAGUCAAACAAAUCAACUCCAGUUCUUAUUCUUUUAAAGUCUGGUACAUAUUCUAUCAGUCUCUUUUGCUGAACCAUUAAGUUUUGGGGACAUAAACAAACCAACACACACACAUACACCCACACACACAUAAAUGUUUUAAAUAUUUUUUUAAAGUCAAGUUAUAAAAAAAUUAAUUAUACAGGCCAAUGGUUUGCACUGGUGUUUCAGUAUUUUAGGGUUAGGAUCCCUUCUUCAGGAAAUUUACAGAGAAAAGGUGUCGGUAACUGAUGUCGCUGCUCGCAACACCUUCCUGAAGAAGAGAUACUAAAUAGUUUUCAUUGACCUGUAUUAUUAAUAGUUUGUAACUUGCAUUGUUUUGACUUAAAAUAUUUAAAACAUUUUAUAUAUCAGACAAUGCUUUAUAAAAUUAUACUCCUCUAGUAUCUGUCUGUCCGUCUAUCUAUCUAUCUGUUUUAAUUGAAGUGUACAGUAUUAUAUAUCCAUUACGGCUGAUCUUGCCAAUUGGUUUUGCACUGGGGAUUCAAUGGAGUGUUAGGUAACAGUUUGAUUAUGUAACCCUGCGCAUAUCAGAGGUUGUCAUUAUGAAAUGGAACAGGGUGACUUCUCUCUAUUGUUGGAGUUGAAUAGAUACAUUUGGUUUGUGGUUGCUGUGUGCAUAUAUACUCACGCACACACAAGAUGAACAGCUUUCAGUUUCUGUUUAUGAAAUUCACACAAGGCUUUGGUUGACCUGGAGUUAUAUUAGAAGAUCCUCACCCAAGGUGCUCUGCAGUGGGACUGAACCCAAAACCAUGUGGUUGGCAAACAAACUUCAUAACUAUGCAGUCAUACUUUCACAGCAUUAAAGGGUAAAGAUCCCCUUUGGUCCAUGAAUAACCAUGGAAUUGCACCUUGAAAAUUCCCCUCCGAGGUACAAGUCUGGGCAAGGUUGUUUAUGGAAGAUCAUCAGUUGCCCAUGCAUACCAGCCUCCUCUCUCCCUGCCACCAAUGUUACCCAAGGGAUAUCCACAGUACCAAUAUUCAAUAUUAAUUAACAUUUUUUUAUUAAUGAAAAAUUAACAUUCUCAUAACUUUGUUUAAAUUGAGAAAUAAACAAUGAAUUGCAAAAGUAUUUUUUAUAUCAUCACUAACUCAUAUUUAUCAUCAUUUUUUUUUAUUUAUGACCAUAUUAAACUUCAAACAUGAAACAUAAACAA